AUAUCGAGCAACUACGCUAGUGAGUAUUGCACUCCGUGGUACAAUAUCAUCUGUCACUUUCGAGAUGAGAUGCCUGUCAAACGGCAUCGCCGACAGCUUACCUCUUUCGAAAACUCAUUCACUGGAAAAGAGGCAGUUGAUUUUCUGCUGAUUCUGUUGCCCAGACUAAUUUUUGAAGGUCGUCAAGAAUUUCAGACUUCGUUUUUCAUCACAUAUUUGCAUUCUUUUUCUGAAAGCAACGUGUUUAACGAUAUGCUCAUCAUUCUCUCUUCAUAUUUACAGUUCACUAAAAAUCCAAGAUUCCCGGCAAAAUGUCAUGACCCUUCAAAAUCCGUGACUCGGGCGCCAGUAACGUCACCAAUCGUCCCUGUUACGAGUCAGAGCGGUCCAAUGGGUCUUCCUCCCUUGAGGGACACAAGGCAUAGCAAUCCUUUUGUUCAAAACUUUCGUGAAGAUAUCUGA